CUGUGAGGUCAGUGCCUUCCGACAGCUCCGUCAGAGGCGUGCGGUGGGGCCAGGGGCCAGCGGCUGGACAUGGCCCCCUGUCCCCAGCCUGCCCCCUUCCUGCUUGGCAGCCCCCUGGGCCUCAUAUGUUUGUCCCUUUUGCUCACCCCUGCUGCAGCAGGAACCUACUGUGAAUGCAGCCUUGGCCUCAGCCGCGAGGCCCUGAUUGCCCUGCUUGUGGUGCUGGCGGGUGUCAGUGCCACCUGCUUCUGUGCCCUGGUCAUCGUGGCAAUUGGUAUCUUGCGAGUCAAAGGUGACACAUGCCCCGGAAACAUGGACCACAGGGUUGUGGGGCAUUUCGGGGUCCAGGAAGAUCACAUGGACCUGCAGGAGGUGCACGUGGAGUCCCACCUCAUGGACUCCGACCUGGAGGCCACCACGAUGCUGCCCCUGGAGGACCCCACGAUGCUGCCCCUGGAGGACCCCACGAUGCUGCCCCUGGAGGAACCCAUCCCCAUGGAGACUGUUACAGAGGAGCCACCGCCCCCACUGCCCCCAAUGCCCCCAGUGCCCCCAAUGCCCCCACUGCCACCUGAGGAGGAGAGAUGAGGGCGGCGGGGGAGGGGAUUAAACAGUAUUUGGUA